CAGAGAUGAGUGUGUCAACGUGUCAGAUGAAAGAGCGUUACAACCAGCAGGGAUUCCUCUCUGCUGUACCGGUCCUAGACGACACAGAGCUGAGGGAGGCCAGACAGGCCUUCAACCACCUGGAGAGAGAGUUCGGUGAGGAGUAUACCCAGUACAGUCUCCACAAUGUGCACCUGAAGUACCCCUGGGUGAUGGGCCUGGCCAAACACCCCCACAUCCUACAGGUGGUACAGUCCAUCCUGGGCUCUGAUGUCAUCCUGCUAGACUCACGCUUCAUCUGCAAGUACCCAACAACCCCCACACCCCACCCCACAGCCACACAGGCAGGAAAUGAUGCCAUAACUCUGACCAGUGAGGAGGCAGUGAGGUCAUCAGAGAAGGACCAGCAGAGUGAGACUGGACUGCCCUUCGUGGCCUGGCACCAGGAUAUGAGGUACUGGGGAAUAGCUGGGGGUCCAGUCCUGUCGGUGUGGCUGGCUCUAGAUGAUUCACUGGCAGAAAACGGAGCCCUGAAGGUCAUCCCAGGAAGCCACUGCUCUGGCAUGCUGCCCCACCACCUCGCCUCCCGCCCCGGAAACAUGCUGUCAGUCAACCAGGAGAUCCCUGAGGAGCUGUUGCAAACGGAUAGCGCUCUACUCUGCCCCCUGCUGGCUGGGCAGAUGUCUAUCCAUGAUGGGUUCCUGGUCCACGCCAGUGACCCCAACACAUCCCAGAAGAGACGCUGUGGCUUUGUGAUCCGAUACGUCCCUACCUGUGCCUACCCUAUACAGGACCCAGACCGUCCCAGGCGUUUCCAUGCUACAGUGAUGGCCAGUGGAUCAGACCAGUUCAGUCACUUCUCCACCUUGCUGUGAUGAGCCUUACAGCACAACUACAACCAUAUCCAUAGAGAUCCCAUUACUGUAUUACUGUCUGAUACUUAGAGGAACCUCAUGAUACUGUAUUCACCUUGAUGACUUACUGCUGUGUUCACCUUGAUGAUAUCAGAUGAACAGUU